GGGAUGAAAGAGGAGACGGAGCGAGAGGAGCUGCACCGGAGGUUCAUCUGAGCUCUUCUAGGUGUGUCAUGGAUUUCUCCAGCGCUUUUUCAGCGGCGUACGGAUUAGCCCGGGAUUGUGCAGCCGGGACUGCGGAAUAGUCCGGAAUCCUGCUCCUGUGUCUGUGGAAUAGUCCGGAAUCCUGCUCCUGUAUCUGUGGAAUAGUCCGGAAUCCUGCUCCGGAAUCUGUGGAAAAAUCUUGAAAAAUUCUGCGUCGGUCCGGAGGAGCGAGUUUGGAAUCCAGUGCUGGUCCGGCGUAGUCGGCGUGACCUCAUGAUGCCAUCCGUGUCCCUCAGCCUGCCGGCGGCUCUGGCCGGACGCUCUCGUACCUGGGUCUGCCUGUCCUGCAUGUUCUGGCCGGAGGAUUUGGAGGCGGCCCAUUCCCACACGUUCCGGGUGAAGACGUUUAAGAAGAGUAAACACUGCGGCGUGUGCAAACAGACGCUCAGCAAGGAGGGGCUCAUCUGCAGAGUGUGCCGGUUUGCCUGCCACCAGAGAUGUGAAGUCAAGGUUUCCUCCUCCUGUGUUCCCACCGCCAACUACGAGCUGGCUCCCAGCAAUGACGUCCCGCUCAAACUAGUAGAGACGACGGGUUCGACUAAAUCCUCAAAGAGCAUGGAGUCCAGGCGGAGACCGUCCAGCAGGAGCGUGAGCCUGAUCCAGGCGAUGGAGGAGAACUAUGAGGUGGACCUGGUGUACAUCACCGAGAGGAUCAUCUCGGUCUCGUUCCCCAGCACCGUGGAGGAGCAGAACUACAGCAGCAACCUGAAGGAGGUGGCCAGCAUGCUCCGCUCCAAACACGGAGAGAACUACCUGCUCUUUAACCUGAGUGAGAAGAGAUAUGACAUCUCCAGACUUCACGCCAAGGUGCUGGACUUUGGCUGGCCCGACCAUCACGCUCCGGCUCUGGAUAAGAUCUGCAGUAUAUGUAAAGCCAUGGACACGUGGAUGAGCGCCGACAGCCAUAACGUCGUGGUCCUGCACAACAAGGGGAACCGAGGCAGGACGGGCGUGGUCGUGGCGGCGUACAUGCACUACAGCAACAUCUCAGCCAGUGCGGACCAGGCUCUGGACAGGUUUGCCAUGAAGAGGUUUUAUGAAGAUAAAGCACUUCCUGUGGGUCAGCCCUCGCAGAAAAGGUACGUGCAGUACUUCAGCGGGCUGCUCUCAGGUCACAUCAAGAUCAACAACAAGCCUCUCUUCCUGCACCACGUCAUCAUGCACGGCAUCCCCAACUUCGAGUCUAAAGGAGGCUGCCGCCCGUUCCUGAAGAUCUACCAGGCUAUGCAGCCAGUCUACACAUCUGGGAUCUAUAACGUCCAGGGCGACAGUCAGACCAGCAUCUGCAUCACCAUCGAGCCCGGCCUGCUUCUGAAAGGAGACAUCCUGCUGAAGUGCUACCACAAGCGCUUCCGAAGUUCCUCCAGGGACGUGAUCUUCCGGGUUCAGUUCCACACGUGUGCCGUUCACGACCUUAGCCUCGUGUUCGGCAAGGACGAGCUGGACGAGACCUUCAAAGAUGAGAGAUUUCCCGAAUAUGGAAAAGUGGAAUUCGUCUUCUCAUUCGGCCCAGAGAAAAUACAAGGUUUGGGUCACCUGGAGAACGGACCCAGCGUUUCUGUGGACUACAACACCCAGGAUCCUUUGAUUCGCUGGGACUCGUAUGAGAACUUCAAUCAACGCUUUGAGGACUCCAUGGAAAACGCAAUUCACACUGAAGGUCCUCUGGAUGGCAGCCUGUACGCCAAAGUGUGUAAAAAGGAGUCCGCGGACGCCACGGCUAACGGUUUACCCCCUGCCGUCGAGCCUGUAGUAGAAAACGCCUCGGCUCCUGUGGACCACGCCCUGUCUAUAAGCAGCGACUCGGGAAACUCCACGGCGUCUAUCAAAACCGACCGCACGGAUGAAACCGGCCAGCAGGCGGCGCCGGUGAGCCAGCAGCCCGUUCAGGCCCUGAGUCCCCAGGAGAAGCAAGAGCUGGAGCGGCUGCUUAACGGUCUGGAAGCGCCAAUGCAUAGAAACGGCACCGCGGGUGGCGGCGGCAGUCCGGGCGGAGGUGGGAUCCUACACCUGGUUCCGGCUCAGGUCCACGUCAACGGGCACGCCGAUGUAGAACGGGAGACUGAUAUCCUGGACGAUGACCUGCCCAACAACCAGGAGGGCAACAGCGUGGACAGCCUGGGUACGCUGUCCUCCUUCGAGGGCCGGGCCACGCCAGCAGACUUGUACUACCAACACGAGACCGUCAUCAAUGGACAGGACACGCCCCACGAAGCCGAGUCGCGUCUUUAUAGCCUCUCAUCGUCCGUGCAGGAGAGCCUGGGCAGUGUGGGACCUCCGUCCAGCGGGUACGUCAGCCAAAACGGCGGCAUCUGCCGCUCGCAGUCCCUUGGAGCGACCCCCAGCGACGAACAGAAGCUCAUGCCCAAAGCGCCAGCGCGUACCACCAGCAGUCGAGAUGCCGUCCAGAGGGGGCUUAACAUCUGGCACCAAUUCGGCGUUCCCGAGGAACCGGUGAUGGACGGCGUCCACUUCACUCCUGCCCUCCAGAGCCACAGCUUACCCGAGUUCCCGAAACCUGCCUCGCAGACUGAAAUCGACCAGUCCAUUGAGGCUCUCAACCUGCUCAUGCAAGACCUGGAACCUGCGCAAGUUCCCAAGUCCUACAGCGCCCCCUCUGGUGAGGGCAUGGUCAUCACCACCCAGCCGUCCUUCUUCCACACGCAGGCUCGGCCCACGUACCAGCCCGAAAACCCGCCAAGAGCCCCGUCUCCGUCUCAGUCCCAGUUUGUGGGGACUCAGAGGGCCGCGGUUCCUUCCAACCCCUCAACGACAGACCUCAACGGUUCGGUGCACUACACCGGAGCGUCUCCUCCGGUCGGCGGUGUGCAGCUGAAGCCUCUGAACACGUACUCCCACAGCUCAGCCCCUCAGUCUCCUGAUCUUCCGGAGCCAGGCUUAAACAUCGCCCCCUGCAGGAGCUACUCCUCCUCCACGUCGUCCCCGCCACCCAGAGAGGCCGAACCCGAGGACACCAACUACAACUUGGAGGGGCUGGUAGCUCACCGUGUCGCAGGGGUACAAUCUCACGACGUGCCAGACGAUGCCGCAGGACCAGGACGACGCCGGACCACCAGCGAAGGACAGUCCCAGGAUGACAGCUCCACCCGGGUCCGCUCCCCUAUUCGCUGCAUCUCACCAGAACUGGCCAAUACCAUCGCUCUGAACCCAGGGGGCCGGCCCAAGGAGGGACAAAUGCACAGCUACAAAGAAGCCUUCGAGGAGAUGGACGGGGCUCCCGUGAGCCCUCCACCAUUUGCGGGCGGUGAGGUCUUCCCCCAAACCCCAGCAUUCCCAGUCUCGCCACAAACCCCUUACUUCAACCUGUCUCGCUCUCCUCCAGGUCUGGCUAAAACACCGCUGUCCUUCCUGGGCCUAAAGCCACAUAACCCAGCCGACAUACUUCUCAGCCAAUCAGGAUCAGAGCCCAGAAGCUACGUGGCAUCAGUUGCUCGUUCAGCGGCGGUGGCUGGUGGGCAGCCGUCCUCUCCCGUGUCUCCAACUUUUGAGAGUGGCAGUUUGGCCCGAGGAGCCUCCGUAUCUCAUCCCUUUAACCCACCGCUGUCUUCUAGCAGCCCAGUGCAAAACCUGGAAGGGGAGCACCGGUUGGCUGAUAGUGGAGUAGGCCUUAGCACUCCAUCUCACAGAGCUGGAGACCUCGAUUUCCAUUCACCACCCUCCCAGAGCACCUUGCAGUCCCCGACACGAUCCUAUUCCUCCUACACAACCCCAAGCAACCUGUCAAGCAGCUACGUCAGUCCAGAUUUUUAUUCCUCACCCCCAGAGCGCAUCCAGCCCAACGCUGUUGCUGUUCAACCCAUGCCGGGUAGCGCCGGCGCACUUCACCACACCAUACCCGCCGAAAUGACAUUCAAUCCUGCUCUCCAGCACCGGCUUACUGACUACAACGGUCCCAUCCUGAGCUACCAGCCGCCUCCGUCUAAUGGCUAUCAGCUCGGAUCGUCAGGCAGCCCCGUUCUUCCGAGACACGGCAUGGUUUCUCAAGCGACGCAAAGCAGCCCGGGGCUGAGCAGACAGAUGCCCAUCAGUCAGGGCACCCAGAGCAGCCCAAUUCUGAGCAGACAAGGCUUUCAAAGUGGGUACCAGCCAUCUCUCAGUCAAUCCACAAUCCAGCCUAACCAAAGCAGCCCAAUCCUAAGCAGGCAAACGCCGGUUACCCAGGCCACCCAGGGCAGCCCCACACUGACCAGACAGGGCCACCAAAGCCCCUCUCUAGGCUAUCAGAUGCCCCUCUCCCAGUCUGUCAUCCAACCUAAUCAGAUCAGCCCAGUGUUAAGCAGACAGGCGUCUCUCACCCAGGCCGGUCAGGGCAGCCCCGUAUUGGCGCGCCACCCCUCGGUCGGGCAGGUGUCCCAUGGCAGCCCGAGUCUGGACCGACAUCCAAUGCACAGUGGAUACACCACGCCAGACGAGAGGCACGGUGCCCUGUCACGCCAGAGCAGCUCUUCAGGAUACCAUCCACCCUCGACUCCGUCGUUCCCCGUCUCACCCGGCCCCUACACCGACGGCUUCAGACAACCACAGCUACCAGAGAAGAGGCGCAUGUCGAGCGGUGAACGCCCCAGCGGUGCGCAGUCCUACAGCACCCUUAACGGAAAGGUGUCUUCACCCGUUUCCGGUGGAGGGAGCACUCCGAGUGUGCACUUCUUCCACACACUGCCGGAUUUCUCCAAACUCAGCAUGUGUGAUGGAAACCCAGAGACCAGAAUGAAUGUAAAGUUUGUUCAAGACACUUCCAGGUUCUGGUAUAAACCAGACAUCUCCAGAGAUCAAGCUAUUAAUAUUCUGAAGGAGCGAGAGCCCGGAGCCUUCAUCAUUCGGGACAGUCACUCAUUCAGGGGGGCCUAUGGUCUGGCCAUGAAGGUGGCCUCCGCGCCGCCUACAGCUCAGCCAAUUAAGAAAGGUGACAUCACCAACGAGCUGGUUCGCCACUUCCUGAUCGAGACGAGUCCGAAGGGUGUGAAGCUGAAGGGCUGCCCGAAUGAGCCGUACUUCGGUUGCUUAUCUGCGUUGGUCUACCAGCACUCCAUUACUCCACUGGCACUGCCAUGCAAACUGGUCAUACCCACAAAAGACCCCAAUGAGGAGAAAAAGGAGGUUACCACACCAGUGAACCCAGCUACAGAACUGCUGAAACAGGGCGCAGGGCAGAAGAGUCCGGUUGAUGCCCACGCAUGCAACGUUCUCUAUAUAAACUCGGUGGAAAUGGAGUCCCUGACCGGCCCACAGGCCAUCGCAAAGGCCAUCUCAGAAACCAUGACGGCCAACAUGGCACCCACCGCUACGGUGGUCCACUUUAAGGUGUCGUCGCAAGGCAUCACCCUGACGGACAACCAGAGGAAGAUUUUCUUCCGACGUCACUACCCAGUCAACACGAUCACCUUCUGUAACCUCGACCCCCAGGAGAGGAGGUGGACUAAACCAGAAGGUGGCGCUGCAAAGUUCUUCGGUUUUGUGGCCAGGAAGCAGGGGAGCACAACAGACAACGUCAGUCACCUGUUCGCCGAGAUGGACCCUGACCAGCCCGCCACGGCCAUCGUCAGUUUCGUUUCCAAAGUGAUGGAUAGUUUCCAGAGGCGAUAAUCUCCCCCGGGGGUGUCUCGCCUCACCCCGGAGGACCUGCUUUUCUGUUUUAGUUUCCAUUAUGUAUUCAAAUGUUCUUUUCGUGUGUGUGUUAGCAUUUGGGCGAGUAGCGCAGCGGGUGAAGGUGUGUGUCGCCUGUGUGUAUGUGUACGUGUGUGUGUGUGUAUCAGGACGUGUGUUAGGAUGGCCUACGGGGUGGAGAUUAGACGGGGACGGAGGAAGUGCAGUAAAGAGCGGGAGUGAAGAGGUGAGGAAAUGAGAGAGGUGCAGGGAUUACUUCAGAUUAGAGGGACUGACGAUGACGAGCGUUGAUUUUUUAAUAAAAAGGAAAAGAAAAGAUAAAAAGUGGGAUGCUGGUGAGACUGAUAUCAGGAUUUAUGAACAGAAACCAAAGAUACUUCAGCUGUCAAGAUAAACAUGCCAUUAUUUGAAGGGUUUUUUUGUUUCUUUGUAAAAUACGACUACUUACUGAAAGGAUAUUAGUUUCUAUACGUAAAUAAUCAAUAUUCCUUUGCUUUCUGAGGAAAUUUCAUCUAUGUAUAUAAAAAGAAAAACAUUUCGCAUUCUAUCACCAGUUACACUGACCAGGCAUAACAUUAUGACCACUGAUGGGUGAAGUGAAGUGGGCGAGCGUGAGGAUCUGAGCGAGUUUGACGAGGGCCAGAUUGUGAUGGCUGGACGACUGGGUCAGAGCAUCUCCAAAACUUGCAGCUCUUGUGGGGUGUGUCCCGGUCUGCAUUGGUCCAAGGAAGGAACAGUGGUAAACCGGCGACAGGGUCAUGGGCGACCAAGGCUCAUUGAUGGCUCGUGUGGUCCGAUCUAACAGACGAGCUACUGUAGCUCAGAUUGCUGAAGAAGUUCAUGCUGGUUCUGAUAAAAAGGAGUCAGAAUACACAGUGCAGCACAGGUUGUUGCGUAUGGGGCUGCCAAAGGGGGACCAACACAAUAUUAAGAAGGUGGUCAUAAUGUUAUGCCUUAUUGGUGUGUAUGUCCAGGCAUUGCUGGCUCGCAUGGGGCUUUUUUAUUAGAAAAGAUCAAAUAUUUUACUAGAAUGAAACAAAACAAAUCAAAAAAGACAAAAUGUGGGCCAGAAUCCACUUCUUUCUUUUUCUUCCAGACUUCUGUCUCUUUAAGAUCUUCUCCAUUCAGUCUCCAUCGAUAUGAAUCCAUCAACACCAGUCGUCAGCUCAGACUCAAGGAUCUACACCAGAUUCAGACUUUCAGGUUUAGUUUUAACAAAGGGGUGUAACAAUAUGCAGGUUAAUAAAUGUAUAUUGUUUUAAAUCCAGUAGGUGCGCGUAAAUACGCGUUCGGAAUCGCAAAUGUGACAUAAUGACCUAAAUUUUGCAGUAAUGGAUAAUUAUAUAUACAGACUUAGUUUGAGUUUAGAUUCAGAAUUGGAUUAUAGUCCUUAGCACUCGUUUGUAACCCACAACAAAGUAGUGUUGCAAGCAAUGGUGCAUUAGAUUGCUAGAAUCGAAUGCAUCAGUGAACAACUGGGAAUAAUAUUUUAGCACGGCAAUAACGCUGCGUAUUUCCAGUUAAAUUUUUAAUAAAUUAAAGCAUCAUUUAAAAAAAAUUAAUACAUUUUGUGCUUUUCUGUGUUUACUCGGGUUAUUUGUCUUUAACAUUCAACAUUGAUCUGGAACGCAUCUCUGUGGAAAUUAUAUAUUCACAAUUGAAGAUAGGCUUCAAACUGGUGGAUUUACACAGUAUUCCAUGGGAAUUACUUGCUUUUGAGCUUUAUUUGCUGUUUGGAUUUUUUGCUUUUGGAAUAGCUGUGGAAUUUGGCUCGUUUCGUUCUGCUCACAUGGAUUGUCACCAGUUGCGCAAAAUCUUUAAAGCUGGGAGCUUGACAUUUGUUAAUAAGGUUGCACAAUGUCUCCUCACUUGAAUAUUUGCAUGUAUUAUAAAGAUAUGCAUCUUCAUUGACUAAAUACAUUCAGGACCAUAAAUAAUUUGCAAAGUGCGUUUGUAUGGAUGCAAAACGUGCGUAUCGUUACAUCCCUGGUACUGUACAGAAGUUUCCUCUCUCGCUUUCUCUUUUUCUCUUGCUGCUCUUACUACAGACCUCUGUCCUCAUUUUUUCUGGUCAAACCCAUGUUUUUUGCCAUCGAUUUUUCAUUCCCUGAGAGCCAGCCUGACUUCUGCCAGGCUCAGAUUCAGGCCUUAAUCAAAACCACACACACACAUUUACUCAAACAUCUUACCCAAAGUAAGCUAAAUAUAUAUAUUAGUACUUCUAAAAGUGACUAAACUGAGUAUUUAUUAUUUUUGCUACGUUGCUCUAUGUUAACUCGAACAUGUACUUGCAUAUACUGUAUAGUCUACAUAUAAAGAUUAUAAAAACAGAGAAAAAUAAACAAAGCUAUUUUAGCAAGAUCUGAAAAGCAAAAGGUUUUGAGAAGUAUUUAGUUACGUAUCAUGUAAAGUGUAUGUAUCUUAAAGCUCUGCAUCGUGUUUUGGAUAUUAUUUUGUGUGGAUAUUUUCACUGUAUGCCUGUAUUUCUUUAUUAUCAGCUUUAACGUGAAGGCUGACACUUUUAUUGUAGACAGGAGAAAGAUGUAGAUGUACACGUUUUGCUAAAAGCAAAAAAAAAAAAGCUUAGUUUUAACCAUGCUUCGCUCACAGAAUGCAGAUGUUAUGUUUCAUAUGCAUAUUUUUUUAAGUAUUAUUAUUUUAUGUAUUUCCUAGUCUAAAAAUGUUUCCCCAGUCCAGGAGCAAAAGGAAAGUAAAACAAGUAUUGGCCUAACAGAGGUGUUUCUAGUAGGGAGGAUCUUUACUGCCAUCAAGAGGAACAAUUAAGUAUUGCAUUCUCCAUGGUUUUGUUACAUGUUUAAGUUUAUAAUUGUUUAUUUUUAAUUACUGCAGUGUUUUAACUGUAAUUUGUUUGGAAAACAAAGAGUCACAGGUCAGAUGGGUGUGUUUUGUUCCCAUGUCGUUUAGAACACAGUUACUUCAUUAUGUCCUUUAAUACAGGGGUGUUAAAAGUACUAAAAUCCUCUUUUGUUUGUAAAUAUUUUUGCCAAAGAUAUGAUUUUACUUUUCAUGCCUUUGUCUUUCGAAUAAUUGAGACUCGAAAUGUAACCACCUGAUUGAUCGGCUUAUUGUUUGCAGCUCUGACUGGCUUCUGGCGUUCAGCUAUCAGGUGAACUCGGCUCGGCCUUAAACGACUCCAGUAACAUUUUAAAGCACUUAACCUUUCACGAGCUGUAAGAAUAGCGACUAAUAAACAUGUACUGGAGGUGUUUGUGCUUCACUAGCAUAUAUAAUGCACAAUAUCAUUCGCUCUGCUCAGUUAUACACAUUAUCACUCAGAGAAGGCAGAAAUUGCUUGCAUUAUUUUGAUUUAAGUUUGUUUUAAUCCUUCCUGUCCCAUAUUUCUGUUCUUUAAUCAAGUCUUGAGUAUUUCCAUGUGCCCAGUUACUGACGACAAACAGCUCUUGGCCUUGAAUGUGUGAAUGUGCUACUAUUUCUGUACAGAACUGUGUUACGUGCUUUAUAUUGUAUGGCUUCUUUGUUUUUGAAAGAAAAAAACAUAUUAAAUCAAACCAAGAUGCAUUAAA